AUGAGCGCUUGGAGGCAAGUUGGUCUUAACUACAUUAACUACUCAAACAUCGCAGCUAAAGUCUUACGUAGAUCGCUCAAGCCGGAAUUUCGGCCAGAAGCGAUGCGCCGAGAUGAAUCCCGCGUCCGAAUUACACCUUGGGCAAAUGGCAGACCAGCUCAUCUCCAAAAAGCACCAGCAAAGCCUUUUAAUAAGGCAUUGUACAGAAAAAUUAACUAUUACCUUUCAUACUCAUUUUACAGUCAAUUAGUGUUCAUGUCAGAAUGGUGGUCAGGGACAACAAUAUCAAUGUAUGUAAAAAAAGAUGAAUACAAUAAGUUUUAUGGCAAAGAGCAUGGGUAUCUUAUUAUGAACCACAGUUAUGAGAUAGACUGGUUGAUGGGCUGGCAGUUUUGUGAUGGAAUUGGUGUUUUAGGUAACUGCAAGGCGUACGCUAAAAAGGCUAUCCAGUACAUGCCUCCGAUCGGUUGGAUGUGGAAAUUUUCCGAGUUCGUGUUUUUGGAGAGGUCGUUCGAAAAGGACAAGGAGAUCAUAAAGAACCAGAUAACCGAGCUCUGCGACUAUCCGGAUCCAGUAUGGCUGCUGAUGACGCCGGAGGGGACAAGGUACACGCCAAAGAAACACGAGGCGUCACUCAACUUCGCGCGCGAGAAGAACCUGCCCCAACUCAAGCACCACCUUACGCCCCGCACUAGGGGCUUCACGACCAGCCUGCAGUACUUCAGGGGCAAGAUACCAGCGAUCUACAACAUCCAGCUCGCCUUCGACCGCGACAGCAAGACGCCGCCGACAUUGCUGAGCUUGUUAUACGGGAAACCGGUGCACGCGCAUCUGUUCAUCGAGCGAAUACCGGUGGAGAGGGUGCCCGUUGAGGAGGCAGACGCUGCCAAGUGGCUCCACGACCUGUUCGUCGUCAAGGAUAAGAUGCAAGAAUCAUUCUUCAACACGGGCAAUUUCUUUCUGGAGUCCGGUGUAGAAAAAGUGGACUGUUUCCAAGUGCCACCUCGUGUCUAUUCACUCAUAAACACUAUUGGAUGGGCCAUUGUUACAUUGACUCCAAUGAUGUACUAUUUGGUUGGCUUGCUGUUUAGCGGAAAGCUUCUUUAUUUGUCGAUCGGUGGCGCCAUUCUAGCUGCAUUUUAUAUUCUGCUACAAAAAUCCAUUGGAAUCACUCAAAUCAGCCAAGGUUCUUCAUAUGGGACUGAGAAGAAG